AUGACGUCGAGCAAGUCCUUCAGGGCUUCUUUAAUGCCCUCCAUGUUACGAUCCAACACGGAUCCCGAUUCCUCUUCUACACCUUCCUUCCGCAAGAGUAUAAGGAAGUCAAACACUGCAGACCUUUCCAAGCUCCAGGGCUCAAAAAUUGGUUCGUCAAAGUCCACCACCAACCUACCUCACAUUGGACCCAGUGAGCGAGAAGACGCUGUACAACAGAACGAACGCCCUCGUUCCGCCGAGCAAAAGACUCUUCGUAAACGCAACGACUCGGCCCCAAAGGUUUCCUUGCCAAAAUCACAAUCAACCACAAGUCUGGCUCCUUCAAAAAGUACAAAUCGAAUGUCGAGGUUCUGGGGCAAUCGCCUUUCGUCUUUUUUGCCCUCACUUGUCGUACCGUCAGAGUCUGCAGAGUCCCCAACACCAAAGGCUGCACCAACACCACCAGUACCUGCAGUCCCCUCAGCGCCCGCUGCAGCAGCGGCCGUUUUGCCUGCACCCACCAAAUCCUCUUCUCCGACAGACACUUCGACUACUACUAAUACGGCUGGCACCCCUCCCACGACUGUCGACGACAGCGCCUCGUCAACUACUCACAGCAUCACUGAUCCAACCGCCCAGAUGCAGAACGAAUACCACGACACCAUGUCAUACCAGAACAACGGUAUUAACCAGGCUGGCUCACCACCUAGCCCAGACUCAAUUCCUCCCCGCGGCAGCGACAGUAUGGACGGUCAAUUAAGACCCAACCCUCAGAUCAUGGCCCCGAUCCCUCCGUCCCCAGAGGUCCAGCGAGCGGCGAUGAGUCCUCAAGAGCCCAACAUGCCUCCUCCCCCGAUUCCCACCUCUUCAUCGGAGAACUUGAGCAACGGAAGCGGAAAGCUGCGCAAAGAAAACCCCGCCUCUCGAACGAGAAGUGGCUCUCUCCAGCAUGCGCCGAGCAAGUCUUAUGGCGGCGGCGAGAUCCAGGCUCUCAAGACCCGAACAACUUCCCCAGCUCCUGACCGCGGACGUCGUUCAUCGUCAGUCCAAUCCCCGAACAACCGCAACAGCAACACCAAGAGCCGCAUAGUUUCCACGCCUCUUGCCAUCAGACCCGGAUCAUCCAAGGGCGAAGCCAGCCAGAGCCCAUCGCGGGGUCGCCUCCGAAGAAGUUGGUUGCCUGGCGGAAGAUCCCGAUCCAACUCGAUGGAUGUUUCCAACGCAAACACCUCAACUGCUUGGGUUUUGUCCGACGAUACACAAGCCGAGUACAAUGCCUCGUUUCUCAAGAACGGAGAGAAGGUCCCGGAACUCUGGAACGAAAGCGGAGCUGUGCUUGUUUACCUGUACCCCAAGGGAAGUGGCCGCGGGCCCUCCUUCAAGGUUCAAGAGUUUACAAUUAGCUCAUCUUGGCUUUUCAACGAACUCAUCCAACGCGAGCGAGAGACGCCCACGAGAAAUCGCAAUACGAGCUUUAGCGGCCGUCUUAGUUUGACUGCCGAAGAUGCGUCCCGAUAUAUCUCACCACCAAACUCUCCUCCCGUUCCGGAAGAGGGAUCAGACGAUUGUUUCCACCUAUACCUGCCUACAGGGGCUCCUGGUCAAGAGAUGGCUCCCGAUGUCGACCGUCUGAUUGCCAUCCGCAACUUGUUUGCUUUCUUGACCGGACAGCCUCUUGUGGGAACCAAGGCUAAGCCUUCCAACUUCCACGCGUUCCUCGACAUUUCUUCCCUUUUGGAAGAGUAUGGCUUCACCAGCUAUGAUGGAACUACUUUCGGAGACGCAGUUGACCUCAGCUUCGGGUUCUACAUGGAUCAACACGCCCUUGCGGACUGCCGACACAGUCGAGAAAAGACGUUGGAGGCAGUGAUUCUCGGUGAGCGCAUGCGAUCGGCCGACCUUUACAACGAAGCUUUUGCCCAUGCCGCUGGCAAAUACGCGGCCAUCAUGGAUCUCAAGCUCCCUCUUUACGAGCAAAUCUCACCCAAGACACGCGUCAGCCUGGAACGUGCCCAUCUCGAUUUACUCAACCGUCAGCACAGCGCCAACAUGCAUCUGGAACAGUUUGACUUCCCUGCCCUUUUCUCAGGUAUUGCCAACUCAACUUCUAUGAGCGAGCUUAGAAGCGUCCGCUUCAAGAUUUGGAGGCAGUCAUUCACAAAGAUGCGACACUUUGCCUUGAGCUACUACAAGACCGCGUUUGGUAACUGGCCACCAAAGGCUAGCAGCAAGAAGAAUCCUUUCUCCGAGAGUGGACUUAACCGACUUGUUCUCAAGGUUCUGUAUUCUGACAUGUGCGCUCUCUACGACCUCCUUGUUGAUCGUAACAACCGAACAUCGAGAAUCAUGGAUGAAGUGCCUGAGCUCUCCAACGAUCCAGACAAGAUGAUUAUGUCCGCCCUCCGAAACAUCAUGUCCGAGUUUGAUCGCUCAAAGCCGCCCGUUCUCCCUCCCAUUCCUUACGAUUGUCCUCAACUGCCUACGGCGACAUCGAUCUUGGAAACUUACGACACGCUCUCGCCUAAGAAGCAGGCAAAGUUCGACAAGGGUAUUAAAGAGCACGAGCUUAUGCUCAUGCUGAACAAGGCCUACAACUACGACACCAACUCUGCCAAGGUUCCUUUCCUGGACAAAUUUAAGGAGUUCGAGCUUCGUGAGGCCAGGGGCAAGACACCUCAGGACUUUGCUGACCAGCGUAUCGGUUACUGGCUGUUCCUUUACGUGGCGAUUCAAUCGCUGCCUGUUCUCGUUGUGGAUGCUCCAGGCAUGCAGUUCACAGAGGGUGUCGAGUACUUCCUUUGCGAGCCCCCCUUGGGCAACCCUCCCUGGGUCCCCGAUCAGCAAGUCAAGAAGAUGUGGUACGAGGUUGCUGGCGGAGGUGGCUUGGUCGAGCUUUCUCAGGACGCGGUUCUUUUCAGUGUCGAGGCUACCUACCACCGAAGUCACUGUUGGCUCGCCGCUACCCAGUGGGAGAAUGGCGGUGCAACAUCACAGGCGCCAGAACAACCUCAGAUGUCUCCUUUGCAACCUCCCCGAUCCAUGUUUUUGGACAACGAAGAUUUCAUCUCACCACCCUCAUUUGGUAACGGUUACAGCACUCCUCCUUCUCCUAUGGGCAGCCCUUCAGGCGCCCUACGACCUCGAACACACUCUCCUGGUGGAAACAGAGCAAACCAAGCUUGGCGAUCAAGUAUCGCACUGGGAUUGGAACCUGUACCUCUACAACCCCCUAGCCCCUUUGGAGAGCGUAGCAGUUCUCUUGGAGGACGCCCUCCUAGUCUCAUGAUGGGAUCCCGAAACUCAUCUAUGGCCAACCUGGCUGCCCUCGGCGGCCACUACCCUCAAACAGAGUCACCACCUCCUGAGCCCACUGGCGCGACAUUCGACGAUAUUCUGAAGCAGGAGCAGAAGAAGGAGAAGAAAAAGAGCCGAUUCUUCUAA